GCCUUGCGCGGCUUCCCCUCCCUCCCUCCCGCCGGGCGGCCCGCAGGGAGGCGGCGGCGGAGGAGCCCGAGGAGCCCGAGCCGCCCCGCGCGUCCCGCCACGAAGGAGGCGCCGCGAGAGGAGAACUCCUCCUUUGAAACAGUCUAAUCUUGGCUUGCUGCUUUCCACAGUCAUGGCUACAGAAGAGAAGAAACCUGAUGCGGAAUCAGCCAAAACACAGUCAGCACCUUCCUCCUCAACCAAUCAGAGCAAGCCUGCACCUGUGAAACCAAACUAUGCCCUGAAAUUCACAUUGGCAGGACAUACAAAAGCCGUCUCCUCUGUAAAAUUCAGCCCCAACGGGGAGUGGCUGGCCAGUUCUUCGGCUGAUAAGCUUAUUAAAAUUUGGGGUGCUUACGAUGGCAAGUUUGAAAAAACAAUGUCUGGACAUAAGCUGGGAAUCUCUGAUGUUGCUUGGUCAUCUGAUUCUAACCUUCUGGUCUCUGCCUCGGAUGACAAAACUCUCAAAAUCUGGGAUGUCAGCUCGGGAAAAUGCUUAAAAACUCUGAAGGGGCACAGCAACUAUGUCUUCUGCUGCAAUUUCAACCCCCAGUCAAACCUCAUUGUCUCGGGAUCGUUUGACGAAAGCGUGAGGAUAUGGGAUGUAAAAACUGGGAAGUGCCUGAAAACACUGCCAGCUCAUUCCGAUCCCGUUUCUGCUGUGCAUUUUAACCGCGAUGGCUCCCUGAUUGUGUCCAGCAGCUACGACGGGCUGUGUCGGAUCUGGGACACCGCUUCUGGCCAGUGCUUGAAAACGUUGAUUGAUGACGACAAUCCCCCUGUGUCAUUUGUAAAAUUCUCUCCAAAUGGCAAAUAUAUUCUAGCAGCAACUCUGGAUAACACUCUAAAGCUUUGGGACUACAGCAAAGGGAAGUGCCUCAAGACCUACACAGGCCACAAGAAUGAGAAGUAUUGCAUUUUUGCCAACUUUUCUGUUACUGGCGGAAAGUGGAUCGUAUCGGGUUCGGAGGACAACCUAGUUUAUAUUUGGAACCUCCAAACAAAAGAGAUUGUACAGAAGCUGCAAGGGCACACAGAUGUUGUGAUCUCCACGGCUUGCCAUCCGACCGAAAACAUCAUCGCCUCUGCAGCCCUAGAGAACGACAAAACCAUUAAACUUUGGAAGAGUGACUGUUAAAUACUUUUGGCACCGACAUCACGUGGAGACUGUUGGGGUGGUGUCCAUAACAUUGGAGGUUAUUUCGUGUUUGUGUUUUUUAAAAAAGGAAAAAAAAAACCACAUUUCAGCCGCAUUAGCAGGAAACCUGGAGUGAUUUUUCAGAGGGAAGGUGCAGCAUCACUUGAUGGAGAACAGAAGCUUCCUUUUCUUUUGCCUGAUCCUGUUGCUGGGAGUCUCCUUGGUUUUGCUCGGAGAAAGCAGUUGCCCUGUGCUUGGGGGGGAGGGCUUUCUGUCCCCCACAGCUAGAAAUAAGGUGAACCUUUUUAAAGUCCUUAUUUAAGUCCUGGCUCAGUGAACUUACAUGGAAUUGCUCAGCGGUUAACGAUAUGCCUCAUCACUCAAGACAAAAGAAUAUUUUUAAUGCGACCAAAUGAGUGUGUAUUGUGUUGUCCCCUUUCUACCCAGUUUCAAGAGCCCUUUCCUCCGUGUUGUGUGCUCUGAUAGAAGCUACUGCGGUGAAAAUCUUCAAGGCUUUUCCCUCUUAGCUGCCCCCCCCCCCCCAAAAGAACCAGCUCUUGUGACCCUUUUUUGUUUUUACUUUUUAAAACCGUUCUGGCAAAUUUCACAAUAUGUGUACAGUUUCUUCAGUGUAAAAAGUUUUUUUAUCUGGAAAAUCUUUCUGUAUGGACUUGUAUUGCUAAUAGUAUGACUGUGUCUUUUCUGGCGUUGACACUUUUUCAUCCUUUUCCUUCCUCUUACCACUCUCUUCAUAUCUGACACAUCCCAGACAGUGACCGCAUGACAGAAUAAAAAGUGGGAUUUAAUGUGGUUGACAGCAGGA